AUUUCACGUCCAUCCUGAUCAUUGCUGUCUGCUUUCCUCAAAGCUUGAUGUUAGCCAAAGUACCAUAGACCACUGGGAUCCACCGGGCCCCCUUUAUGUAUCUGCAGCUUGGAUAGUGCUUGUCAAAGUGCUGUGACCCUGGCAGUCAAAGUAGCCACACCUCUCGACUAUAAAACUAGGUCGCAUCAUGGUGGCACAAACCAUCGACUCGCAAUCAGUGCGACUGCUGUGUUUUUCGUGUAUCUAUCAUAAUAUCUCGCCUGUCUCUAACGUCCGUGCACCAUGAUUCCCCCGUUUUCCGUCCCUGUCUAUGAACCACUUCCCUAUGCUCUUUCAGGUCUCAGCUUCACGCGGCUACCGAUGUACACACAGCGUUACCUGCUAGACAUUGCAAAGUCGACACCUCCUCAUACGCCCAAAGUGAACCCUGUGUUGGACGAGCGCUCAAUCAUAUCACUGGCUCUCUCCAUGAAUCUUAUAGGGAAUGACAUAGCCCUCGUUAAUCUGCGGCACGAGACCAUCACCAUGGCCCGUGAUCUUGAAAGAGGCAUCUCGCCUCAGGCUAGUGCACAGCGGCACCUGGCAGCGCAGAAUAAGCGCCUCCAAACAGUAUUGGGUACAUUGCUGCCAGAGCGAGAGCUCAUCUUCAACGAAUUCAUGAUCAAGUUUGACGCGCUUGUCUGGCUGGAUCAAGAAGGACGCGAGAAUCAUACCCCUGAGGAUUGGCAGAGGUACAGGAACGCGCUGCUGAAACCUAUUCUUGACCAUACAAGCGAACAGCUUGUCGCACGGGACGAAUACGUCAGGAAUCUGCCAGUGAUUAACGAAUAUUACUACCGGGCGCCUUCCUUACCAUACUCACGACUGGGUUCACCCAACCCAGACGCAAGCCGCACACGCUCCUGGAGAUCUGCUACCCGUGGACCUGAUUCCGGACAGGAUUGGUCCAGGGGUCGGAUGUUAAGCCGGCAUUCAUAAAGGACUUAGUAUCAUAUUGUCCACAAAUCGAACAAUUCAUUAUACAAUGAAGCACACUCAUUAAUGCUGUUACAUACAUACAUACAUACAUACAUAUUCUAUAUACUUGAUCACACUGGGAUAUCUAUACAGCGUUGCAAUCGUUAUCUCUCCAGUGGUGUGAAGUAUUAUGCCGUGUCCGUAAGCCUCGAGUGGAAAAUUCAACUGCCCCCAUGGGCUUCUUAAUCC